UAAUAUAGGUCAUCUCACUAUAGAGGCACAAGUGCAAAUAUGACAUACUAAAAUUGGCCGAGAUUCAUCCAGCUGAAUUUUCAUAACUGAAGACUGAAGCCUAAUUUUAAUUAUUGCGAUUUAGCAAUGACAUAAUUUGUAAAUUUUAUCAGAAACAAUUUUUAAUUUAUUUUAUAGUUACACGUUACGUUUUUAAAUGUGGAUGUGAUUCUUAAUAAUUAAUAUAUAUAAUACUUUGUCAAUAGUACAAAAUGGAUGCUUCUAAGAGAAAAGUCGAUUCAUCUUUAGACUUGCAGCGCAAGUUAGCUUUGAAAACACUUUCUCGUGCAGAUGAAAAAGCGUCUGAUAAUUCAAAACGUGGCAGUAUGAGUAUAUCGUAUUUAUUAAGGCCAAAUGAAAGUGCACGGGCUCAAUCAGUAGUUACCUUGAAUCCAUCAAAUUUCUUCAAUAUUAGCGACAUGAUUGCAGAUAUAACUCCUGGAGAUUUAAAUAGAGAUUUAGAGCAAACACAUGCGGCAGCGCCGACUGAUGAUAUUUCCCAAUCUGUUCAACAAAUAUUAGCCUCCAGUUGCGUUAAAGAUGUUCAAGAUUCCGUCUUAGACUUGGAAGAUAUUAAAGAACAAUCAAUACAAAAUGAUGUCGCAAAUACUUUCCUCACUCCAUCUUUUAAUUUUGGCGCUGAUCUUUCUGAAGAAGCAAAAAAACAGAAUUUUACCGGCCUUUCUUUUAAAUCUGUUGAGGGAGACGCUCACGAGAGAUUACUUCAAGAUGAAGCAGAUUGGCAAAAAGAUUGUGGUAUAUUGCCUGUUCAAAGCAACGACAAAUUGAACUUUACUAAUUUUUCUGGUUAUUUGCCUUCGUCAGGCAGCAACAUGAAAAACUUUUUGGAGGAAAGUGUUGCUUCAAUUGGAGAUUAUUUUCAAGGUUCCAGUAAUAUUAAGAGUAUGAUUAAUGUAAAAACGCCCGUUAAGCAAAAACCAGUGCCAUUAGUCGAUCUGGACAAAAUAAGUUUUAAUCAUAUUGAAAAUAAUAACAGAAUUACACCAUCAAUCAAAAUUGAUGACGAAGAGAUCAUUACUAACAAAAAUAGGAACUCUGUGGCUAGUUUGUCAACAAUCGCUAGAGCUUUAAAUGAGAUUUCAGUGAAUGAUUCUCCUCAAACGAUCUAUAAUGCCAUCAUGAAAAAGACAAACACUACUAUAACUCAUGAUGAAGAAAUAGAACAAAUUCUACGUAGAUCAGAUGAAAGCGUUAUCAUUUCGGGAAGCAUUGGAGUUAAGGCUAAUAAAGAAAACUCGGAUCCCAAUUCACGCAGUGCUUCUUCAUCGACUUUAAAUUCAACUGCUGAUUUUAUUGGUUUAACAGAAAAUUUUGCAGCUGAUUUAGAAAGCACUAACAUAGAAGAUAUGGUUUUCCAAAGUAAUAGUCGUAAAAAUAAAAGCCCUAUCCGAAUGAUAAGUCAAACUUCAAUGAAAAGUGGUCUAGAAAAUUGGAUUAAACCUGAUGAAAUAAUUUUGAAAAACUCUGACAUAUCCAAAAUCAAAAAUAUUGCAGUAAGCGAUAUAGUUCAAAAUUCAAAGAAAGAGGAAUCAAUUAUAAUGAUUUCUGAUGAUUCAAAUAAACAAGAUUUGAAUAUUUCUAUUAGAGCUAGUGAUGUUGAUUUUCCUGUAUGUUGUCCGAUGAAUUACAGCUUAAAACUGUUAUCAAAAUCUGGUAGCCGACUUUAUAUUAAGGUUAAGUUUUUAAAACUUGUUAUUGGUAAUAAGCUUGUACAACAUACUAAUAUAGAAGACUAUUUUAAAAUUGAAAUGCUUGAGAAUUCAGUUUUUGUGGAACCUCAAAAAGAAAAGUUGUUCACUAUCAGGGUUUGGGGUUUUUCCGCUGCACCGAUGAAUAUCACUUUAGCAAUUGAAGGAUCUGAUGCAAUUGAUGAAACAAACAAGAAACUAAUCGAACAUACAUUCAAAAUAAAUUUCUAUAAGCCAUCAAUAAUUGCUUCUUUUGCUGAUAAUGAACAAGAAAUAGUUAAAAACAUCAAUUUCGGAAAUCUACCUAGUCGAAGCACUGAAACCAUUGGUAUUAUGUUAACUAAAUCGUGCUCUAAUAGUAUACCUCUUACAAUUAAAAUGCGGGGCGGAUCUAAACAAAAAGCAUUUGGCAUUGUAACAGCAUCUGGUACAAAUGUCGUACAGUACAGUGUGGAGCUCCAAAAUAAACUGCUUUGCAAAGUGAGAUUUACCACAUGUGAUGAAACUGAGAGGAGGAUAAAAGUACAUGAAGAGCAGCUAGAUAUAGGAUUAUUUGUGAACGAUCAAUUUUUAGUUAUAAAAUCGAUCCAACUAAAAGGCACAGAAUUUUAUAGUAAUGUGUUAUUCAAUAAAGACUAUUAUCCAUUGCAUUUGGAAUAUGGUAGCACAGGAUCCUUACUUUUAUAUAAUGAUGGUCUAAUUGAUUUAGUUUACGAUAUAUUUAUUGCUGAUGAUAUUGAGAGUGAGACUCCAUGUAAUGAUGAUAUCUUUUCUGUUGAAUUACCACGGAUUACAUUAAGAUGCGGAGAAGAACUUUCGUUAAAAGUUACUCUGAAUAAAGAGUUAUUGAAUACAGCAAAAAGGUAUGUUGUGUUUAAACAAACAUUCAAUGGCCCGUCUCUGCAGUGGCCAAUUAUUGGAAAAUCAAGAUCCAUUCAAAAAUAUCUUAAGUGCUUCAUGAGUCCAUCGAGAAUUGAUAAAAAGGUUGAAUCGGGUCGAACUUCUCCAAGUAUCAAUUUAAAGGAAACACUACUGGGCGCAACUUCACCUACAAAUUUGUCUGUGAUGUCAAAUUUUAAAGUAUCUAAUAAAGUAUCACCGGCUAAGUCUACUCAAUCCAGUUUUAGUUCAGGAAGUGCAAUUGGAAAUAGGUUGCCAAUACGUGCUAUGAAGACACAUAUUUCUUGGCCUAGCACUAAAAUUGGAAAAACUAUGAGCCAAGAUGUCACAAUAAAAAAUAUUUCGGAUCACAGAAUCAAAAUUAUUAUCAAUAUAAUGAAAAGUGGGUUUACUUUGGGAUAUAAUAAUGAGUGUUCUAAUUCAAUGACCAUGAUAUUGCAUGGAUCAGAAGUUCGGACAUUUUCAGUCAUCUUUUCACCACAACGCAACGGACUUUAUUCAACAAAGCUCGAAUUUACAGAUAACCGACAUGCUACUCGUUUAACGUUGCCACUUGUGGGUUUUGGCGGUUAUAGUGAAGUAGCAAUUAGCGGCGUAUUUAAGUUGCCUAAUGACAAAAACUUUUUGUCACUUGGACAAUUCAGCAGCAUUAAUGCUAUGAGUGAAAGUAUAAAACUAUAUAAUAAAGGCACUGUUCCCGCUUUUGCAUAUGUUUCGUGCGACAGUUUUCGAAGUAACUUGUUACUUAGUACAAGUGAGAUAAGUAUAACGCCAGAAAUAAUGAUUAUCCAGCCCAAUACUUUCAAAAUAGUAAACAUAAGUUUCAAACCUAAAAAAGGUUGUGUAAAUAAUUAUAAUACUGAUGUCAUUGAAUUAGCUGCGCUAACAAUCAUGACGGGCGACGAUGGUUUACGCCAACGUGCCAGGAAAUUAUAUCAAAGUUAUCCAAUGCACAAAGGUGAAAAAAUUUGGUCAAAGUUGUUGCCUCUCUUUGUACAACUGGAUGAUGAACCAUGUUACUCUGAAAUUUCGUAUAUCAAAGAACCAAUGAGUGCCUUAUAUGAUAUCAUUGCUCCUCUAAAAAUAAACGAUAUAUCCGUAACCGUGGAAAAUCGUACAAUCAAUAACGAUUCUACAAUUUUGGCUGAUGAGACAAUAUUGUUCCAAUCUUUGUGUGCUGAAACGUUGAACAUUAGCGACACUGCGAUGGAAUCUUUAACUUUCGAACCCAGUCGAAUCAUUUUCUAUUUGCCUUCAAAUAUUUCAGAUGUAGUGAAACUUUGUAACAAUUAUGACACUACACAAAAAAUUAAUAUAACCGCCCAUACAUGGUUUAAAAUUAGACCGAUGUGUGCUGUAAUUGCACCGAAAUCCCAUUUGGAAAUCACUGUAUCAUAUGUAGGUGGUCAUUUGCAAAGAUCUCAAUCAACAUCUUUGCAGAUCUUAACUGAUAAUGAUGUUAUUAAGAUUCCAAUUGAAGUUAAUACAUAAGAUUUUAAUAGAUUUUAAACUAAAACCAGAGUUGUGAUAUUUUUAUC